CCCUCUAUGUCAAUAACUCCCUUUCCACUCGCACAAAAUUUAGUACAUAUUACUAUCCCCUGAUCCCGCUCGCUUAACAGAUGAGGCAAGCUCAAACUUAUUUCCCGAUCACGCAAGCUAAGGCCAAUCAUCACCCGCCGGAUCAUGCUCACUACCCGCGAUCCGGUUUCCGACGUGCCAUGUGUCGCGCGGCCACCACACGAAACGGCCUGAUGCGAUUUUUGGAUCUCUUCACUACUGGCAUACUUUCCUAGAGUCCGGACUUCGCAUCCGGCGGUCUAUACAGAGUAAAGCGCUCGGUGUUCGGCGCGCCCUAAGUCGUUUUUAGCAAAUAGCUUGGCGGUGCUGUGGCGUUAAUCAAUUCGUACGUAAGCGCGAGGCACGCGGCGGUGUGUAAGGCUUGAGGUAGUCAUGUACCCAUCUUAGGUGAUUCGCAUCAGCGGUGUCUGACGGGAAUAAAUGGAGGUAUCUCGUCAGAUCAAGAGGGGGUGAUUUCUCGGGGAAAGGAAAAAGUGUAUACAUAGUUCCUAUCGGGACCCGAAGAAUUGCCAAAUGCAAAUAUCGCAUCUAUUUGCGAUGUAUAUCUGCAAGGUCAAGGAUAUAUAUGUUUCUCACCCGGGAAUCCCUUGGCCAUUUUCACUUCACCAUUCUCGUCCAUCAUUCUAGUCAUAUCUAAUAUCCGCGUACCCACUUUGGCACAUCAACACCCUGUAUUCUAGAUCGCAAGUGGCCGAAGUAUUCGUCUCUACGCGCUUAUGCCGCGUUCUUUAAAUCGAGACUCUACAUUGACCACCUUAUUAUCUACAUCGAGGUAACAGUCCGAGUCUUGAACUAGCGCCUAUCCAUGCUGCUGAUCCUGAUGAACGACCAAUUCACGGUCCGGAUUUCGGCUACUCCAUGCCCUUGCAUUAUAUACAGAUCCCAGUCUGGUGGGCCGAAGCUCAGACCGCAAGAUUGAAUACUUCGGCAUGGUAAUAACGCGAAAAGAAUAUGACUAUUAUGAAAGCCCGAGGGAGAUGUGUUAUUUGGUUGGUGAUAUCCGUUCAAAUGUUCACCAUGUUCAUGUACGUGAUGAAGGCGAUAUAAAACAACACU